AAUAUGGAAGGAAACCUACACGGUCUUGGAGAGAAUGUACGAGCUGCUCACAGAUAGAGAUAAGAAAAAAGGAACUUCAUGGAGCCUGGACAUGACAAGAGCAAACCACGGUCAAAGAGGCCAGACAAAGCCCUGUAUGUUCCUCGAGCCCGUCGGCAUUUGAGAGCAGAACCGCACACGGAUCGUGGUCCCAAACAAAAAGGGCAAAGUACUCUUAUAAACCAGAAAACUGUCUCAAAAAUAACAGAUGCAAUAGGAAAAAAUGAAACAAGUGUGAGUUUAAAGUCUUUGUCUAAAGACUUGGGCGCACACCAUGAGCAAAUGUUUGCAGAAGCAAACUUGCCCCAACAGGAGGACAGUAAGACAGAGUGUGGCCACAGAGCUUCAGAAAGAAGAUUGAAUUUAGAUGAAAAGAGGCACAUAGGAAACGCUGUACCUGAGAAGGUGUCAGAUGAAGGACGUGGACUAGAAUCAAAGCACCCAAAGGAAAAGAAAGCAACCCAGCAGAAAAGAAGGGUAGGAUCAAACAGUAGUAAAGUACACAGUAGAGAGAAGGAAUCACUGCACAAAAAGGCAAUGUCAGAAAAAUGUAAUAUUGAUGCAGCAGCAAACUAUUUACUUAACGUUCCUAGUUCGAUAGCUGAGAGCAAUAGAGAAGUAAUGAAAUCCGGUUAUGGAGAAAUUCAAACCCAUCCCCGGCAGCUUCAAUCAAAUGCAUAUAACAAUGAACAGGGAAAUAAUAAUCAACCAAACACAGUGGAUUCAACAGUGGAAGAACUGGAGACUGAUGUAAACAAAUCUUUGCCUUUCAAUGUUGCCUCUCCUUUGAACAUGAGGUCUGAUUCUGACACUCUUCAACUGAAUGAACUGGCCUCCUCUAAAUUAGCCAGCUGUGAAUGUUCAGAUGCUGAGCAAUGUGCAGAAUCAGGCUGCUCAAAUGGUGUAAACGAGCCAUGGCAGAUGGAAAGAAGCUGUACACAAUAUCCAUGCACUGGAGCAUCUGAAGAAAAUAGUUAUAAGAUCCUCGCUGAAGUGAACAAUUCGACAGAGCAUGAAACCAGGGUAGAUAAUGAUUCUUCUUCACAAGCUCUAAAAGGGAGUUUUGUAUCCCUGCCUGCUUCUUUGGAAAACGUGGUUUGCUCAGACUCCCCACAUUCCAAAAUUAUUAGCUUAUCGGCUAUACAAGGAGCUGAAGAAGCAGGGUCCUUGAACUAUAGUAGCAGUAUCACAGUGGACUCAAUGAACAGUGAACCAGUCAGUGCAGAGGUGAAAGCUGAAACUGGUGCUGCUUUGCAAAGUGUAGAAGAGAUCUCACUAGAUUUGGGCCAGUUAACUACUACCAAUAGUGGAGAAUCUAAAUGUGCUGAAAGGUCACUUGUUGAAGAACCAGAGGGUGACUCUUGGGAUGCUCUUUUCAACGAUGAUGGAGAUUGCUUGAACCCCCAUCUUCUGGAAGAGUUAACUUCAAAGAAUAAGUCUAAGAAGAAUAUUCAAGAUCCUCCCUUCAAUUACUACAACUACCAACCAGCUGAACAAGAAAUAGAUGAUUCUGAAUUUCCCCACAUUGUUGAGAUCUAUGAUUUUCCUUCAGAAUUUAAGACUGAAGAUUUGCUGCGAGCUUUCUCCACUUAUCAGAAGAAAGGAUUUGAUAUCAAAUGGGUGGAUGACACGCAUGCAUUGGGCUUGUUUUCAAGUGCAAUUGCAGCUAGAGACGCGCUCAGUACCAAGCAUCCUAUGUUGAAGACUCGACCUCUGUCACAAGCAUCUAGAUCAUCGAAGGUGAAAGCCAGAAGCUGUGCAGAAUUUCUCCUUCCAGCAAAGGAACGACCUCAGACAAGCGCCAUGCUGGCUCGAAGGCUGGUUAUUGGAGCCCUGGGCGUAAAAAGCAAUCAAACCAAGGCAGAGCGCGAAGCUGAACGGCAAAAGCUGAAGGCAGCUCGAGGAUGAUAAGGAACCAGUGAUGAGGACCUUAACAUCAGACGGAGGAACUACACCAACACUGAACGUACAUGAGGUGAGGUGAGUACUCUGUAAUGUCAAUAUACGCAGAGCAGUGGGGCCAGACAGUGUACCCAGAUGGGUCCUCAGGGUCUGCGCAUUGGGACCAGACGACAUACCCGGAUGGGUCUUCAGGGACUGUGCAUUGGGACUGUUACGAAUGUGCCACAACUCUGAGGGGCCGAAGGGUACAAAGUCGCCCCCUCCUUUUUGAGAAUCGCAAGAUCGCUAUUAAUUCGGGUCUGGGACCCAGGAAAUGAGAGAGAAUCCACAAGGUUUGGAAUGUGUCCUGGCCUCAGCGAAACAAAGCCACUGAUAACGGCUAUUGUCUCUUGGAGACGGAAUUGUGUAUUGAGUACUGUACUAUUCAUUGAAGCCCCUCAGGGGAUGACCAGAAUGGGCUGGUUGAGGGAUUGCAUCAUCCCAACCUGAUUGACAUCUGAGACCCCGUGAGUAAGGAUAAAAGAGGGUCUGGGGAACAACCCCUUUAGACGCACCAGGAGAAACGCUGGAAAUCCAGUGACAGCGUUUUAUAGCAAUAGCCAGUGGGGCCCGUGUGCGUCCUCCCUUGCCUCGGUUGGUGGGCUUACCACGGAACAAUGGCUUAGCUAAAGGAGAGGCCACAAGUGAACGGCCACACCAACGAGAUUCCGACGGAUUGAAACCAUAAAAGGAAUCGGCAAGUUUUUCUCCAAAUCUCUCUCUCUCUCCAACCAAUGCAACCCAGCGGUCCCCAAAGGCUGCAGCCUACAUGAACUGAGUGACUUUUAUAUUUCCAUCAGACAAUACAUUAUCCCCUAGACAACGAUAGAGCUUAUUUCUUAUUGAUUAUUAUUAUACCCGCACUUUUAGAUUUAGUAUUGACGACGUAUUUUAUCUGUAUAUUUGCAUUGAUAUUAUUAUUGUGUAUUUUUACCAAUAAAUACUGUUAAAAAUAGUACCAUCAGACUUCAACGGACCUCUCUAUCUUUGCUGGUAAGUGACCCAGUUACGGGGUUCGUAACAAAGUGGGGGCCUCAUCUCAAGAUUUGAUACCAAAUUGGAGGGCCAGUGAAUCGGGCUUUUAAGUCCAAACUUGGAUCUGGUUGCGCGGGUAACCAGGCGGGAAACCAGCAAAGAUGGACGUUGACGAAUUUAUAGAAAACCCGACUCUGGAGGCACUAGAGGCUGCCACAAAGUCGGACUUGAUAAAUAUUGCAAAAGGACUAAACUUCGCAGAGGUGAGGUUGUCAAUGAAAAAGCGGGAGGUGCGAAGGACAAUAACUCAGUAUUGUGAAGAAUGUGUUUUCGGCUGAGGUAUUGGAAAAUAUCCCUAAAAAGGCACCAGCCAGUGGGACGGCUCAGUUAGAGUUGGAGAAAUUAAGGUUGGAACAUGAAAUUAAGUUAAAGCAGCUGGAAGCAGCUGAAAAAGAAAAAGAAAGAGCCGAAAAGGAAAAAAGAGCAGGAAAGAGCUGAGAAACAAAGGGAGCAUGAAAUUCAGUUAAAACAGCUGGAAGCAGCUGAAAAGGAAAAGGAAGGGGCCGAGAAAGAGAAGGAGAGAGCCGAGAAGGAGCAGGAGUAUGAGGAGAAAGAGAAACAGAGGCAACAUGACUUGGACAUGGAGAAGUUAAGGCAAGAGCAAAGAGCUCAAGGGUCAGACCGAGAGGAGCGGUUUAAUGUUAGUCGGGAGUUUAGGUUAGUACCUCCGUUCGAGGAGACGGAUGUUGAUAGUUAUUUCUUGCAUUUUGAAAAGAUGGCAGUGAGUCAGAAGUGGCCCAAAGAGCAGUGGGUGGUGUUAUUACAAAGUGUGUUCAAAGGGAAGGCACAAUGGGCGUAUGCGGCGUUGUCCAUGGAGGGGGAGGAGUCUGAGAAUUAUGAGAAAGUAAAGGCGGCCAUUCUUCAGACCUAUGAAUUGGUACCUGAGGCCUAUAGACAAAAGUUCAGAAAUUUAAAGAAAGGGUUGAAUCAGAUGUAUGGAGAGUUUGCCUAUGAGAAGGGUGUGCUCUUGGAUCGUUGGUGUGCAGCAGAAAUAGUCGAAGAAGAUUUUUGGCGUCUCAGGGAGUUAAUUCUGAUUGAGGAAUUUAAAGUUUGUGUUUCGAAUGAUAUCCAGAUGUACUUGAAUGCCGAAUAAGUCCAUCUCCGAAUUUGCUAGGUUCGCAGAUGAAUAUGCCCUAACCCACAAGACGAAGUUUUCCUCAAAUAAAAGUUACCAAAGAGACCGUGGGAAUGGUAGAGAAAGCCCGCCGGCUGAGGCAGAGAUCCAGCCGGGAGCUAGCGGUAAAAUUAAGGAGGAGGAAAGGCAAGAUGGCAGGAGAGGUCCUGGCUUGACAUGUUUUAAUUGUGGAAAGGUGGGUCAUAUUGCAUCUAAGUGCCUUGCUCUGAGGAAGGAGACAGGAAAGUGGAAAGCAGCAGUCCCUACAGGAUGUGUUGUGGUAAUCAGUAAAUCGAUGAGAAAGCCCCAGGUUCCUACUUUUCCAAAUUUUGUGUCUUCAGGCAUUUUGGAGAAUUUGUUUGAACUAAACCCUUUUCAGAAAGGGCUUAUAUCAAAACUUUAUAAUAUAAUUAUGAAGAUACGUUCAGAGCCCCUUUAUAAGACAAAAAUGAUUGGGAAAGAGAGCUUACCCUUAUUAUUCCUAUUGAGAAUUGGGAUAAAAUUCUUCAAUUAGUUAAUACAUCAUCUAUAUGUGCCAAACAUUCACUAAUACAGUUUAAGGUUGUGCACAGGGCUCAUACGUCCAAGGAUAAAUUGGCUCAUUUUUAUUCCUAUAUAAAUCCUAUUUGUGACAGAUGUCAUUCUGAGAUAGCGUCUUUAACUCAUAUGUUCUGGUCGUGUCCGCUUUUGAAAAAAUAUUGGAAAGAUAUUUUUGAUAUUAUCUCUGUGGUAUUGAACAUUGACUUACAACCUCAUCCUACUACUGCAGCCUUUGGUUUACCAAUGACGGACUCACUUUAUUUAUCUUCUUCUGCUUGUCAAAUGAUUGCAUUUCUUACACUAAUGGCUAGAAGAUCUAUUUUGUUAAAUUGGAAGGAAAUUAAUCCUCCUACUGUAUUUAAUUGGUUUUCUCAAACUAUGUUAUGUUUAAAAUUAGAAAAAAUUAGAAGUGGUGUAUUUGACCACUUUUUUUUGUAUUUGACACUUCUACUAAAUUUGAAAAGAUAUGGAGACCAUUUAUUCAAUAUUUUCAUAUAAUGUAAUAUGACCCUGUUCCAAGCCUAUUUGAUUUUCCAGUUUUCAUUUCAUAUAUGUCGAGAGGAUCGGAGUUGACAACACUGAUGAUUUUGUAUUUUUGUGAGAUAUUAUAAACACUGAAUUCAUAUUACACUAUAUUCAUUGAAGCCCCUCAGGGGACGACCAGAGUGGUCUGGUUGAGGGAUUGCAUCAUCCCAACCUGAUUGACAUCUGAGACCCUGUGAGUCAGGAUAAAAGAGGGUCUGGGGAACAGCCCCUUCAGACGCACCAGGAGAAACGCUAGAAAUCCCGUGACUCUCUCUCUCUCUCUCUCUCUCUCUCUCUCUCUCUCUCCCUCUCCCU